UAUAUUUGCUCGAAGCUUCAGUCAACAUGACCGAAAACGAGUUGGAUAUGGUGCCUUGGUUAAUUGUCUUAUAGUCGUAUGCUGCUUGUGUGUCGUGUUCAAGUCAUACCCGGGGCCUUCAUAUGUUUUACGAUUGAGAAUGAUGAUAUUAGAGGAACUCGAAUCGGUGAUCAUUACAGACACAACCAGAGAACUUGUAAGACCAUAUGUUGAAACAAAGGAAAGAAAGCUAGUAUGCAACACAAUGAAACGAAGAUCAGAUACAUGCCAGAUGACCGGUGACAUAAGGAUUCACGGGAAUUCCUCAACCAUUUUCGUGUCAACAUCGGAUACCAUAAACUCCUCGUGGACGAUAAAGCCCUAUGCGCGUAAAGGCGACAAAGGCGCGAUGCAAAAUAUUACAAGUUUCACCAUACAAACGAUCCAAGAACAAGCCGAAACCAUGCCCAAAUGCACCAAGACUCACAAUGUACCCGCCGUUGUCUUUUCGAUUGGCGGGUAUAGCGGGAACCACUUUCACGCCUUUUCAGACACCAUCAUGCCACUAUACACAGCCUCUCGGAAGUUUAACCGAGAGGUGCGGUUUCUCGUGGCGGAUAAAAAACCUUUAUGGGCUAGCAAAUUCCAAGAAAUUUUGGACAAACUAUCAAAGUAUGAAGUCAUUGACAUUGAUCAUGAAAAUGAAGUACAUUGCUUUCCAAGUAUGAUACUCGGGCUCGAAAAAGACGAUAAAAAAGAGCUAAACACGGACUCAAUUCACAAUUUCCGAAACUUCUUGAGAAGUUCUUAUUCGUUGGAGCGAUCCACCGCGAUAAAACUAACCAACGGCUCGACUAGAAAGCCUCGGCUACUAAUAGUUUCAAGGAAAAGAACCCGGACUUUUACUAAUGUGAAAGAUGUGGUUACCACCGCACGAGCCAUGGGAUUCGAGGUCAUAGUGACCGAGAUGAGCGCAAAUCUAAAGCAGACAUCGAGGCUCGUGAACUCGUGUGAUGUGAUGAUGGGAGUUCAUGGAGCAGGGCUAACCAACAUAGUUUUUAUGCCAGAAAAUGGUGUGUUUAUACAAGUGGUUCCAUUGGGGAAUAUGGAGUGGAUGGCUAAAACAUUUUAUGGUGAGCCUGCAAAGGGAAUGGGAUUGAGUUACUUGGAGUACAAGGUAAGCAAAGAGGAGAGUACUUUAACCGACCAGUAUCCACUUAACCAUUCAGUGUUCGACGAUCCGUAUUCGAUACAAAGGCAAGGAUGGGAAGCUUAUAGAUCUACAUAUAUGGAUAAACAAGAUGUGAAGCUUGAUGUCGUUAGGUUUAAAGAGACGUUGACGAAAGCGCUUGAACUACUUCGUUAGAUAAAUAUAACACGCGUUUUGUUUUGGUUAGUCACGCGGUUAGCUAUUGUUAUGAUAAUGUCACGGUCCGGUCUUCGGUCCUUGUUUUUCUUCUUUUUAUUAUGGUUUCCUGUCCGGGCCGGUUUCUAAUGUGUGCAUAGUCCUAAGGAAUGGCAAAUGUGACAGGUUUUGGGGAUAUAUACCCGUUUGUUAAAAAAUACACAUCAGGAUUUUCAAGUA